UAUAAGUUUUAUUUCAAUUUUCGGGGAAGUGCAUAUCAUAUUGAAAUAAAAAAAUACUCAAAUUAAUAUUUAAUGUUAGUAAUAAAUCUUAAUGUAUAUUAUUUCUUAACUCAAUAAUGCUGUAAUACACUUACUCUAAACUUGCUGCGAUUUGACAUAUAAAACAUGUGUUCGAGAAACGAAAUUAAUUACUUAUGUCAAUUAUUAAUUAUUAAUUAUAUUUUCAAUUAUAAUUAAAAUAUUAUUAAAUAACUAGUGUAAUUAGUUGCUGACAUAAAAUUUGCUUUUUCAAUCAAUUUUUCAGUUUUGCCUAAAAAAAAAUCAAAAUUGAAAAGUUGGUUAACCAAACCCUAAUUUUCCAUACCUUGUAAUUGAUUAAUUUUGCAGGUAAAAAUUCUAAAUUUACAGAACUUUUCUUUGACAUUGAUUAAUUUUAAGCAAAUAAUCAAACGAAAGAAAUGAAUCGUUUCAAUGUAACCAUAAAACUCAUGUUGUACAUUAUCAUAUAGUAGAGUUUAAUUUGACUUAUAAAGCGAGGGAUAUAAAAUAACAGUAUUAUAUUUCAACAGUCACAAAAGAUUGAAGGAUUGAAAAAGACAACUCAUUACUUAUAAAUAUGUAAUGCUUUGUUACAUGGAACUGUGUGGAAAAUGCUUUAGCCUUGUUUGUUCAGUUUAUACUCCGUUUCUUUUAGAAGCUGUUUCCAACAGAAUAUUAAAUAAGUUGUGCGAUUUGGUCCAAAUAUUCAACGAAAUACGUGACUCUCUCAUAGAGUGUUCCUUUGCUACCUUGCUAUAACAAAAUGUCGUUUUACAACAAUCACUACUAUCAUUUUAACAAAAUAUCCCUAUGCAUUAUCGGCCAAUGGCCAUUUCAAUCGCGACUGAAGAACAACGUUAUGUUCGCUCUGACACUGAUUUUCACUUGUAGUUUGAUAGGACUUGAGUUUUGGGGUUUUGUAACGGGAGCAACAGAUUUGGAGAUCAUUAUGGAUAAUCUUUCGCCAAUGUUUCUGGAUCUCGUCACCGUUGUGAAAUUAAUUAUGUUUUCGUUUUAUAAAUACGAAGUUAAACAGCUUCUGAUACAAAUCGAAGAGGUUUGGAAAUUAUUAGGUGAGGGACCAGAGAAUGAAAUAUUACAGCGUCACGGGGAACAAAGCAAAAUCUAUACAUCACGAUAUGCGAUUGGUCUUUAUUUGUCGGGAAUCUUCUAUUUAACGCCACCAGUUAUUACUAGCGGGAUAAAUAUGUUUCUAUCGACAAAUGAAACACAGCCGCCCAGGUUUCUAUAUCGAUUAGAACAUGUUCUCGAUGUCGAUAAAUAUUACAACCUUUUGAUGGUUCAUACGUUUAUCAGUAUAUUCGGCAUAGUUGCUAUAGCAACAGCUGUUGACGGCAUGUUCAUAUUUUGCAUUGAGCAUAUCUGCGCGUUGUUUAAUUGUGCAAAAUAUAACAUGGCACGAAUACAAAGCUCAGAGUUGAUAUUGCUCAAUCCGAGCAUUGCUGAUGACGAAGCAUACCACAACAUAAUCAGAUGCAUCCAAUUACACACACGUAUCUUAAAAUUUUUUGAUCUGCUUUCGUCUGUCUAUUCAACAAUUUUCAUGACUGUGGUGGGAAGUGUAAUUAUAUGCUUGAGCCUUGGCGCAGCAGAGUUCGUAAUGGUGGACACUAAUUUUAUCGAAAGCGUCAGAAUUCUUGCUGCUAAUUCAGCGGAAUCAAUACACAUAUAUGUUAUGAGUUACAUAUGUCAACGAUUAAUCAAUUACAGCAGCGAAUUUCAAGACGUAAUUUACAACUGCAAUUGGUAUAAAAUUUCAUUGAGAUCCAGACAACUUCUAAGAUUCACAUUAAUGCGUGCAUUUAAACCGUGCCAAAUAAGAGCUGGUAAUGUAUUCGUGGUAUCGAUGGAGACGUUUGGCUCGCUUUUAAAAAUGACCGUGUCUUAUUUCACGAUGCUGACGUCACUCCAGUAAUAGUUCCAUAUAAUAAUUUAUAUUGAAAGAAGUAAAAAAUGUUAAAUAAGUAAGCUAGCAAUCAAUAUAUGUUAUAUGUAUAUUAUAUAAUAAUUCUAUUAUAUGUAUAUUAUAUAAUAAAAUACUAUCCUAUAUGAAUCACUGCUUCUUCAUACAAAUAUUUUAUAGCUCAUAUGUAAUAAAUGUGAAUAUAAAGAUGUCUAGGCACUAAUCGUAUUACCUAUCAUAAACGGA